GUAAUCCACCUUUGUCGAAAAGACUGGAGCAAUUACUCAGUUUAUAUCGAUUCUGUCUGUUUUCCUGUCUUGAGGAGCGAUAUACUAUGCUUAGUUACGUGUUGUUGGUUUGACGUGUGAACUCCUGAAGUUGAAAACACUGCUGGGAAUACUGAGCGACGAGGAGAUGAGAUAACUAACAGACUGUUGUAUUUACGAGAAAUGGAUUCCAACGGUAUUACUGAUAAACAAGGUUUGGAAGGUGAUCCAGAGCUGAAGUUCUUGUUGGAUGGUGGGGAUCUUUUGAAAGUCCGUUCGGACUCAUGGAAAAAGACACGCUUCUACAAGCUGCAGGAGGACUGCAAGACCAUAUGGCACGAAUCCAAAAAGACCUUGAAGUCCAAACAGACCUUCUCCAUUGAGGACAUUGCAGCAGUACGGAGAGGUCGGCAGACGGAGGGUCUGAGGAAAUACACAGAGGCGGCGGUAGAGGGUCGAACGUUCUCAAUCUUGUUUAAGGGCCGACAGAAAAGCCUGGACCUGAUCGCCACCUCCGAGGAAGAGGCCAAGAAGUGGGUCAGUGGUUUGGAGAAGGUCAUCUCAAGCAUGAACAGCCUCAGCCCACAAACGAAGACAGAGCACUGGAUCUACAGUUGUAUGCGUAAGGCAGAUACAAACGGCGACAGUAAAAUGAGUCAGAAAGAGCUGAAGAGCUUUCUACAAGACAUCAACAUUGAGGUGGAUGAUAACUACGCAAAGAUGCUCUUUGAGAAAUGUGAUGCAUCAAAGUGUGGAUUCCUGGAGGGAAAGGAGAUUGAGCAUUUCUAUAAAAUCCUGACGCAAAGAGAGGAGAUUGAUGUCAUCUAUGGAGAAUAUGCAAAGACAGACGGUCUCAUGAGCGCUGAUGAUCUAAUGAACUUUCUGAGAAAUGAGCAGAUAGAGGACACGUCUCAGAGUGAUGCUCUUCAACUUAUUGAGAAAUAUGAGCUUGAUGAAAAUGCCAAAGCAAAACAACAAAUGACAAAGGAUGGCUUCCUGAUGUACUUGCAACAGCCGGAUGGCUUGAUCUUUAACCUGGCCCAUAGAAGUGUUUACCAGGACAUGAACCAGCCUCUCAACCAUUACUUCAUCUCUUCCUCUCACAACACAUACCUGCUGGAGGACCAACUCAAAGGGCUCAGCAGCACUGAUGCUUACAUAAAAGCGCUUGUCAAGGGCUGCCGCUGUGUUGAGCUAGACUGUUGGGAUGGAUCUGAUGGGGAACCGGUCAUUUACCAUGGUUACACUCUCACCACAAAGAUCCUCUUCAAAGAUGUGAUUCAAGCCAUUAAAGACUAUGCCUUUAAGAUGUCUGAGUACCCUGUGAUCCUGUCUUUGGAGAACAACUGCAGUGUGGAGCAGCAGAAGACCAUGGCUAAGCACAUGAUCUCCAUCCUAGGUAGUGCUCUGGUCACCAAACCCCUUGGAGAGAAGAUGCCCAAAUGCUUCCCUUCCCCUGAGGAACUGAAAGGCCGGUUCAUAGUCAAAGGGAAGAGACUAGACAAACUUGAGGACACCUUUUCAGAUGAGGUCAAAGUAGUAGAUGAAGAGAGUGUGACCGAGGAAGAAGAUGAAGCCGAUCAGGAAAAGAAAUCUAAAGAAUCAAAUUCGCUCAAGUUGGCAAAGGAGCUGUCUGAUAUAGUGAUCUACUGCAAAAGUGUCCACUUCCAUGGGUUUGAAGAUUCCUGGGGCAAGCAGUCUUUUUAUGAGAUGGCCUCUUUUAAAGAGGGACAGGCUGUGAAACUGGCAGAGGAAUCAGGAAAUGAGUAUAUCCGCCACAAUACGGACAAACUGAGCAGAAUUUACCCAGGUGGACUGAAGACAGACUCAUCAAACUAUAACCCAGUGCCUCUGUGGAACGCAGGCUGUCAGAUAGUGGCCCUUAACUUCCAGACUCCCUGCCCAGAGAUGGAUCUGAAUCAGGGGCUCUUUCUGCAAAAUGGGCAGAGCGGCUACAUUCUAAAGCCUUCUUACCUACGAGACAAGGCGACCGAGUUUGACCCCACCACUCUCACCAAGGGACCGUGGCUAAAGCAAAAGACACUUCAUGUGAUGGUGAUCUCAGCCCAGCAGUUGCCUAAAGUAAAUGAAAGGAAGUCCUCCAUUGUGGAUCCUUUAGUGCAAGUUCAGAUCUAUGGUGUGUCAGCUGAUACGACUGUGAAAGAGACACCGUACAUUGACAAUAAUGGAUUCAACCCAAUGUGGAAUGAAAAGUUCCAAUUUGAUGUGUACGUCCCAGAUCUUGCCCUGGUGCGCUUUUUGGUUGAGGACUAUGACUACGCAUCGGACAAUGAAUUUAUUGGCCAGUACACCCUUCCCUUCAACAGCCUAAAGAACGGAUAUCGCCAUGUGCCACUGUUUACCAAGAAUGGAGACCUCCUGUCCUCAGCUGGGCUUUUCAUUCACAUCAUGGUUGUGGAUGCUGAAUAAUCCAAACAUUAGCAGAGUUUAAACUGCUUUUAUCAAUGCCAGCAUACCAAAGUUUAAAUGGUUUAACUAGCCCACAACAAAUGAGGCAGCUCUUAAGAGUGGGAUUCUAAUAGGCAAAGAAAAUAAAUUGUGGGAAUUCAGCAACUAUACCAGUUGCAAUAUGAUGGUCUAACAUUUAACAUCAUUAACCUUUGUUUUUAUAUAUAUAUAUAUAUAUAUAAAAAUAACAUUUCAGUAUGCCGACUGGACACGUUACAAAUAUGCAUGCUGAACAUUAGUCAGGAGUGUCAACUUUUUUUUAGAUAUCCUGAUUUUAGUAGAGGAACAAUUUGAAGGUGGAAUUGAAUAUUUAACAGUACCAAUUCCACCCUCUGGAUGUCUGGUAGUAUGCUUAGAUGCUGGAGAUCAUAUUUGUAACAUGUUUUUAAUUUAAGUGCUUUAAGUCUUUAUGCUUGUCUUUUAUGUAGUUCCAUUACCAUAUCUGACUUCUGUCAUAUUAAAUUAGGUACUCAAACUGUCAUGUAACUUUUUGGAACGUGAUUAUCUCGCAAAGUGAAUGAUUUUACUGAAACACAUUGCCAACUGUAUACUGUCAUGUAA